UCGCUCGAAACUUUCACUCAAAUGUCAUUGCAAAAUGUCGAAAACUUUCUAAAUUCCGCAUUCCGGCCACUGUUUUGAAAAUGCUAGUGUUGAUAAUCCCCCUCGAAGUACUAAUUUUAGUGACUUGGUUCAACAUCCUAAUCAUAUCGUGUUCCUUGUGUUUAAUUUAAAUUUCCCGGUAAUUUUCGUCAAAAUUUUCCGUGAUGGCAGGUCGCAUUCCGUCGAAAACCGGUUCAAAACCGUCGAAUUUGCGCGCCCCCCGAAGCCAAACAUCGGCAAAGGGGCCCCCCGAGCCGGCCAAAGAGUCAAAAUUCGAACUUCCCGCGCUGAGCAUCCCGUUCAAGCCGAAGACCACGAUCGAGCUCGAGUUGAAAAAAAUGAAACAGCGGAUGAUGCGGAGACAUGCGCCCCCAGGGGAGGACAUGAAGGGCAUAAGGACCAUUCUUCAAACCCUGAAGAAAAAGGGCGUAACAGUUCAGGAGUUUAUAGGCCUGGUGGCGCCCUACACAGCCGAUGCGGGCGCCACCUUACGGAGUGUCAUGAACGACGAUUUGAACUCGUUUCGAAAAUUGGCGCGAAAAGUCUACGAGACUAUAACACAAGACAAUAGCGACGUUCUUCUCAACCAACAAUUGCAACUAGCUGAGUAUUACAGAGAGAAGAAGGCGUUGCUUCAUGAUAAGAUGAUGCGCCAUAUUGAAGAAAUAUACAUGAUGGCGCCCAAUUUCGAUUUUGACAAAUACGCCGCCGAGAAGGAGAAAUAUCUCAAAGAACUUUUCCCAAUCCCUGAUGAGUUACAAGUCGAGCCUGAAGAAAUCGAGAUGAUGAAACGUCAAGCCGCCUAUCACCGCCUCCAAUGGCUCCGUUCGGAGGGGGAGCGUCUCAACGAGGAGAACAAUCGGUUGAAAACCCGCCUCCAACAACUGAAACAAAUGCACAAGGAGGAGCAACGCAAGAUGAUGGAGGCGGAGCUAGUGGCUGAGGCUAAAAAGGAAGCCCUUGAAGCCGAGCAAGCGGCUAAAGUCGAAACUUUGGAACAAUUAAACGAAUCACUUGAAAAAUCAAUCAUUUCGAAAGAGUCUAGCAUGAGGGAGAAGACAGAUGAGGCGGCUUUGAGGGCCCCCCACACCUCCAAACUGCAGAAGAAGAAGUCGAAAGGGGCGGUGAGGAAAAAACGACCGGCGUGGAAUGAGGUAGCGGCGUAUGAGAUGGAGGUGGAGGCUGCGGAGGCGGCGCAAGUGAGUGAAGCAGCGGCUGAAUUGGAGAGGGAGAGAUCGCCGUUUCAUUAUUCGCCGCCACGAUCGCCGCGACAGGAUAUGAGCGAGACACGCCCACAGGAGGAGGGGCAGUUUGGUAGGAGGGGCGCGUAUAGGCCCAAGGAUAUGUGGGGCGGGUUUUAUUAAGGCGGGGCAUUGUUUUUAUUAAAAUUAUUGUUUUAAACACAAAAAACUGAAAUUUUAGAGGAUUUUUAAUAAAGCACAAUAAAUUGUGA